GUCUUGAUCCUAUGUGAUAAUAAUGCUUACCAUGAGCUUAGGAUAUUAUUUACUGAAUUUAUUUUGACACCCUCUGUCAAGAUCCGGGCCAACGUACACGAGAGUUCAGAGUUGCCCCGGAGCUUCGGUGAUGCUUUAGAGGCGAACCCCACCCACUGUAGAUCACCCGAGAACGCCCAACCAUCAUCAUCCACGAGAGGACCUCACCAAACCCGGGCAUUCCCCAAGCGGCGAUCACAUCACAAGCUCAUCCUCUUUAAUCUUAUUUCUCAAUCAAUCUGAUCACGGGACCGCAUUGCAUACCCGUUGUGGACAUGGAAUUCUUCCAGAAGAUGGGAAUUGACAGGGGUACUCCAGACUCCGCCACCACCUCUUGGAGCGAGGCACAUUCAUCAUGGAGUAUGACCCUUGUUGGGCUUUGAGACAUGCAUGUUUUGUGUUGCUGUUCCUGUGUCAAGAUCGAAGCAUAUAAGGGAGUGGUUGUCCACUUUGUGAGACAUGCAUUUUUGAUCAUACUAUUUACAUAAUUCUCCAACAUUGGUUAUAGAGAUAGUCAUACAACACUCGUUACAAAUAACUACUUACACCUGGUCACACAACACCAGUUCAAUACCCAACUACACUUUCACUCUCUUCUACCUUCAACACGAUCCAAGAUGUCCUACAGAAUCUCUGCCCCCGAUGAGUACCUUGCCAUCACUGGCAUGGGCAUCAAGACCGUCAAGAUCACGAAAGCAACAUGGGUCUGGCCUCUCCAACGAUGCACACGCUUCAGUAUCCGCCCUCACGACUAUGCCAUGGACCUUCAGGCCAUGACUAAGGAGAAGCUGCAAUUCUCUCUCCCCGUCGUCUUCACAGUCGGUCCUGAUGUCAACCAGCGCGGGGCCAACCGCUCUGAUGCCGACAGUGAAGCCGAUGGUCUUGAUCGCGAGGAUCGAGGGGACGCUUUGAUGAAGUAUGCUAUGCUCUUGGCCAACUCUGAGGAGAAGGAGAAUGUCACUCAGGGUCAGCAUGUUGCCAAUAUCGUCAAGGGUAUCAUUGAGGGUGAAACUCGAGUUCUUGUGUCUAGCAUGACCAUGGAGGAGAUCUUCACUGAGAGAGAGGUCUUCAAGAAGAGGAUCUUUCGAAAUAUCCAGAAUGAGCUGUCUCAGUUUGGUCUGCUCAUCUUCAACGCCAACGUCAAAGAGUUGAAGGAUGCCCCUAACUCAGUCUACUUCGCCUCGCUCUCCCGCAAAGCUCACGAGGGCGCAACCAACCAAGCCAGAAUCGAUGUCGCAGAGGCUCAACUCCGCGGUAACGUUGGAGAAGCCCAGCGCAAGGGUGAGCAAGAGCGUGAGAUCGCAAAGAUCAACGCCGAGACCGCCGUCCAGAAGACAGUCCGUGAUAUCGAGCGCGCCCAAGCAGAAGCACAACUAGACACCAAGCGCACAGGCCUCACCCGAGAUGUCGACAUCGCCCGCGUCACAGCCCAGCGUACUCUUGAGUCCAAGGAUGAAGAUCUCAAGAAGGAGGUCGAGAUCAAGCGUGCUGCUGCAGAGAUGGAGCGUCUUCGUGCCACAGAUGUCGUCAAGGCCACCAUUGCAAGGGAGAGUAAGCAACAAGCUGCUGAUGCUGCUGCCUACGAAGUCGAGGCCGAUGCGCGCGCUCACCAGGAGGCUAGCCAGCGCAAGGCCGACGCUGCAGCUUACCAGACCAAGCUGUUCGCCGACGCAGACGCAGCAGCUACAUACGCCAAGAUCACAAGGAACACAGACGCCGAGGCUUACCAGACGCGAAACGAAGCCGAAGCGUACAACUACGCCGCCCAGCAGCGCGCGGAAGCUGAGCUCGUCAGCAAGCUCCGCGAGGCAGAGGGUAUCUCCGCUAUGGCCGACGCCUACGGCAAGCUGUCCACAGCGUUUGGCGGUCCCGCUGGUCUUCUGCAGUACAUGAUGAUCGAAAAGGGCACGUACGUCGAGUUGGCCAAGGCUAAUGCCGCAGCCAUUCGCGGUCUGGAGCCCAAGAUCAGCGUGUGGAAUACUGGAAACCAGAGCGGUGGUCAGGGUGGGGGUGAUGCGACCGAGACGAUGCGCAAUGUGUACCAGAUGCUGCCGCCGCUGAUGAGCACUAUUAAUGAGCAGACGGGUAUUACACUGCCGGAGUGGCAGUUUGGGAAGUUGAAUGCUGGUGUUAACGCUGUUGGACAGGAGGGUGCUAAGACUAAUGGCCACAAGAGCCACUAGGAGCUGAUGGAUGGAUGUACAGUAUGAGAGGAGGGAUAUGAUGGACGAUCUUUUGAUGGAUUUCUCUUUUAUUUUGUUCAUAGACUUGUUUGAUACCAAUUUGUUAGCUUAGAUUGAAUACUUUACUUUAAUGAACACGAGUUGCAGCUCCUGGUGACGUCGAGUAGAGCCAUCGCUGUGACAUUGGACCACAAGCCGUGG